AUGGAAACGGCCCUUGGCCCUUGGAGUCAGAGGACCUUUGGGGUUCUGAUCAGAAUGGGUUUGGACCCUGCUUUUAUAGUCCAGCUAUGCCUGCUGCUCUUUUCCUCAGAGAAGAAGCGGAGGAAGACGAGGGGGGACCACUUUAAGCAGCGCUUCAGGAAGAACUUCUCGGCUCUCCUUGAGGAGGAGAACCUGUCGGAGCGUCCAGAACCAAACUACCUGUCUGCGGCGGCCCCGCCCUCCUCUCUGCCCCCCCGUCACUUCUGCUGCGUCUGCGGCUUCCCGUCUCACUACACCUGCUCCACCUGCGGGGGGCGCUACUGCAGCAGCAGGUGUCUGAUCACCCACAGAGAGACCAGGUGUCUGAAGUGGACCCUCUGAGGACGCGUCGGACCGCGGAUCAGAACCGGCUCUGGUUCUGCUGCCAUCCUGUUGGACUCGCUGG